AUGGCGAGGGCGUCGCGGCUUAGCCUGUACGUGACGAUCUAUCUGUUCCUUUGCCUGUUGGCAAACCUGACGCUGGUGGUGAUGUUUCUCGGGGGUCAGCAGCACCGCCAGCACCCCCAGGCACGCCCUCCACCGACGCCAACGUGGACACCUUCAAGUGGACAGACCCUGGGCUGUGGUGAGCUGCCAGUCAUCUCCAACCUCACCCUCAUUGGCUCAGGCUGGACCAAGGCUGUGUACAAGGGCUGGUAUGGGAGCAGCUGGGUAGCUGUGAAGACAGUUCAUACUUCUGGCCAUGACAUGACUGAGUGCAAUGCUGAGGUGAAUGUGUGCUACCGCCGGUGUGCAGAGAAGCUGAUGCAGGAGGCACAGAUGUUGCACAAAUUGUCCCACAACAAUGUUAUAAAGGUGUUUGGGAAGUGCAUGCCGAAGGUGGAAUACUCCCCAGGACCUCCCAAGAGUGGGGUGGUGGCAGUGGUGGUGGAGCUUGGUCGACCUGUGCGGGUGGUGGAGGUUCUUCAGAUGGAUUACGAGGCAAGGCUACAGCUGGCCAUGGAUGUAGGAAAGAUACUGAAGCUUCUUGCACACUCCCCUCUCGGCCCUGUGUUGAUGAAGGACUUCCGGCGGGAACAAUUUGUCAUUGUGGAUGGAUCAUUGAAACUGUCUGAUGUUGAUGAUGUGGUGGUGGGGGAUCCCUACUGCACCUCAGCCAAGGACUGUGUCAUCCAAGACACCACCAAGGAUGCCAUCCUGACCAGUGUGCCCUGUGACCGUGGUCUGUGUCGAGGUUACAAUAGCCUUCUCAACUCCAUCUAUGCCAGCCAGCACUUCAUGCGCCUCCUGAUCCCAUAUGGGGGUCCAGCUGCCCUGGAGAAGGCAAGCCUGCAUCUGGUGGAUCAACAAGUUCAGGGAAAGCUGGACUCUGAGCACCUCCACUAUGCCAUUGAAGCUCUGGUUCAUAACUACUCUGUGGGAGGUUAUCUAACCAACAAUGAGAAGCAAGAAAUUCAAAAUUUUGUUGUGUUCCAUGGUUCCACAGUGGAAGGAGAGGACUUUCCAUGCUUGAGAACUGAUGGUAGUAAUUGUAUCCAGUCUGUCUCCUCUCCAGCUGAAGGUGCCUCGCUCUGCUCUCAGCUUCCUACAUGUUCUGCUUUUGUUUUGAUGGAUCAAUGGGUGUGGACAGGCCGUCAGAUAGCUGUAUUCAAGAUGGGAGCAACAAAAGUAAUGGAAAACAAGCGCCAUACACUUUACGUUAGACGAGGACAAGGCUAGGAAGUGACAGCUUAUCUGGCAAGGAAUAAGGACAGUUGUACAUUACUUGAAAGCACAAGUGAGAGAACCUCACAAGGUACACCAAUUACUCUCAAUCUGUGCCUGUUGGGGACUGGAACUGGUGGACUUCAAUUCCAAUUUUGAACAACUUUCCUGAACUUCAUUUGUCCACUGAUCAUUAAUCAUCCCAUGCUCUCAUUGACUGCCUCAGCUUUGCCCAACUGUGAUUGGAAGUCUCACAGCCACAAUGUGUGGUGGCUGACUCGUACUCCUCAGAAAUGCGCUAGCAGUACAUGGGUGCACAGAGGAAUAGUGAGAGGGAAUACCAUCCACUGGUUUGAUGGUGUGCAACAAAUGACCAUCAGUGAGAGUGAGUACCAUGCAUUGCUAAUACAAAGAGAGAGCAGGGGGGAGGGUAGGAGCAAAAUAAUUAAGUUCUUUGUCUUUUGUCUUCAUGUCCUAUAUCAUAUGGACAACAGGGUAGAAGAUCACACUAAUCCAAAAUUAAGAUUUUUUUCCCCCAUUGAUGUGUGAUGAAAAGUUUGCUCACCUCUUAGUAACAGAAGUGAAGUUCAAAUCCCCAGCAUGGGAAGAUAAUUGGACCUAUCUUUAUGAGGAGUGAGAGGGAACACAAGCAUCACAAAUGAUAACAAAUUUUGAAUAAUUUUGCCAAAGAGGCAGAAGGAAAUGUCCAGUGCUAUAUAUACCCAGUUUCCUAACAGUUUACCCAUUUGUGUGCAUUUACUGUACUGUGCUAAUCAUCACACAAAAGGGGGGUAUUACAUCACCAGUGUGUUACCAUUAGUGUUACCUGCAGAUUUUAUCUGUGAAAUUCAAUCUCAGGCAAUGCAUGGAGGGAGGUAAGGUCAAUUAGAGAUUCCUUGACCCUUGGGAGAAAAAAAAAAAAAAAAAAAAAAAAAAAAAAAAAGGGUACAAGAAAUAGGUGCCAUCAAGCUACUACUUAGAGUAGUGGAUCAUAAUCUACUCAGCAGGUGAGAGAAGACUACUAUCAUUUACUCUCACUACCAGAGGUGCUUGGUGUCAGUCACAGGCUCAAGAGUAGAGUUUAUCCUAUUUAACUGUUGCUGGCAGCUUUUUGAAAAGAUCUCAUUCCCAAAGCACAAUAUUUUAACUGAAGGCUGAGAGGAAAAGCAAGAGUCCAGCCACCACUUGGGACCUACAAGACUAUAAAAAAAAAAAAAUAAUAAUAAUAAAAAAUAAAUAAAUAAUAAUAAUAAUAAUAAUAGUAAUAAUAAUAAUAAUAAUAACAAUAAUAAUAAUAAUAAUAAUAAUAAUAAUAAUAAUAAUAAUAAUAAUAAUAAUAA